GUCAGGGUGUGACUGAAGCAGAUGUUGCUGAUCAUGGUUUAUUUGCUGUUUCAGGCUCCAGUCACAUUUGACGACGUCGCUGUCUAUUUCUCCGUGGAGGAGUGGGAGGAGCUAGUGGAGUGGCAGAAGGAGCUGUACAAGGACGUGAUGAGGGACAACUACGAGGCUUUGAUCUCCCUGGGACAUGCUGCUGCUAAACCUGACAUUAUCUGGCUGAUUGAACGUGGAGAUGAGCCAUGUGUCAAGGGUCACAAGGACUCGGGGAGUGGAAAAGCUUUUAACUUCGUCUCAGUUGCUGAGAUCAGGGCGAAGAAGGAGACUCAUCCGCAGGAGACUCUCAGGGAAUUGGAAGUGCCCAGGCUGUUAGCAGGGGGAGCCACAGAACGUGGCCUCCAGAGCUCGGACAGGGAAUUAGCCUGUCAGGUUCAGUCCAGCUCAGAAGAUCAUCAGGGAAACUCUGCCAGAAGUGGAGUGGAGCCACCUCCUCCUUGGCAAAGCGGGCUCACUGCAGCCACCUGGCAAUGCCGCUGCCUGGGAUGUGAGCAGGCGGCUCCUUUUGAGCUCUCUGGGGGAUGCCUGCGUGAGGCUGAGGACAGCCGUGGGGAGAGCUCUCAUCUUAGUGCAUGUCAGAGAAUCCCCCUAGGAGAGACCCCCUGUCUGUGCGCUUGGUGUGAGCAAAGCCCAGCCCAGCCCCUGUCCCAGAGAAUCCCCCCAGGAGAGACCCCCUGUCUGUGUGCUCGCUGUGAGCAAAGCCCAGCCCAGCCUGUGCCCCAGAGAAUCCCCCCAGGAGAGACCCCCUGUCUGUGCGCUUGCUGUGAGCAAAGCCCAGCCCAGCCUGUGCCCCAGAGAAUCCCCCCAGGAGAGACCCCCUGUCUGUGCGCUUGGUGUGAGCAAAGCCCAGCCCAGCCCCUGUCCCAGAGAAUCCCCCCAGGAGAGACCCCCUGUCUGUGCGCUUGGUGUGAGCAAAGCCCAACCCAGCCCCUGCCCCAGAGAAUCCCCCCAGGAGAGACCCCCUGUCUGUGCGCUCGCUGUGAGCAAAGCCCAGUCCGGCCUGUGCCCCAGAGAAUCCCCCCAGAAGAGCGACUGUAUAGGUGCCCCGAGUGCGAAAAAACCUUCUGCUACGAGCAGGAAUACACGUGGCACCAGAGAGCCCACCUUGGUGGUAGGCUCUAUAAAUGUAGUGGGUGCGAGAAAAGCUUCCGCUCCAAGCAGGAGCUGGUUUGGCACCAGCGGGCCCACGCAGCGGAGAGGCCAUACAAGUGCAGUGAGUGUGAGAAGAGCUUCCACUACAAGCAAGAAUUUGCCUGGCACCAGAGAGCUCACCUGGGCAACAGGCCGUACAAAUGCCCCACCUGCGAUAAGCACUUCCGCUACCAGCAAGAGUUCACAUGGCACCAGCGGAGCCAUGCUGGGGAAAAGAGCUACAAGUGCCUGGGCUGUGAGAAGAGCUUCCGCUACAAGCAGGAAUUCAUGUGGCACCAGAGGAUCCACGCGGGGGAGAACUCCUACCGAUGCCCCACGUGCCAGAGGACCUUCCGCUGCAAGCAGCAGUAUACGAGCCACCAGAGGGUCCACAGUGGGGAGAGGCCCCAUAGAUGCUCCGAGUGUGGUAAGAGCUUCAGCCGGAAUUCAGCCCUUCUUAAGCACCAGCGACUCCACACCGGGGAGGGACCUUACCGCUGUCCUGACUGCGAGAAAAGCUUCAGCCAGAGCACAAGCCUUCUCCAACACCAGAGAUCCCAUGCGCGCAGGAGAGCCUGGCUGGAUGAGCAGAAGCCUUCUGAGGGGAGGCAACCCCAGCAAGGCCCAAACAAGGCUGCGGGCAGAGAGACCCUGUAA